AGAUAAUUAGUUUAUUAAUUAAAUAAUUAAAAGUCAACACAUUAGCAAACAUACAAACUAAGAAUAAUGAAUUAAAUGAAAGGGUUUUUAAAUUAGGUAGGAGGAUACUUUAACAAUAGCAAGUCAGGAGGAUAGGGAGUAAGCACUCACGAUGUACCUUAAUAGCAUGUUAUUAGAGGUAGGGUUAUUUAAGAAGAAAAGAUCCUUUCUGAAGGUGGUUUUGGAUAUAUAUGGAAAGCAUACGACGUCAAUACAAGAGAAUCAUUUGCUCUAAAAAGAAUGAUUUGUUAAGGUGAAGAUAGAGUUUAAAUUGCCAGAAGAGAGUUGAAGAACUUUGAAAGUCUCCCAAACCAUCCAAAUAUCAUAAGAUUUUAUGGAGGAAGCAUUACACCAACUAGAGAUGGCUGCAUUGCUCUGUUUCUUAUGGAAUUGUGUGAUGGAGGCUCACUUUUCGAUCUAAUGUCCCAAACUAUGCCAAACAAAAUUCCAGAAAGAAAGUUGAUUCACAUAAUAUAUGAAGCUGCCAAGGGUAUUAGAGCCUUGCAUUAAGCAUAUCCUCCAAUUACUCACAGAGAUAUUAAAAUAGAAAACAUCCUUCAAAGUGGAGGAGUUUACAAACUUUGCGAUUUCGGUAGUUGCUCAACUUAGACUAUUGAUUUCAGAAACGUACCAAAAAGUGAAUAUGAAAACUAUGAAGAUUUGUUUAACAAAUCUACAACUCUUAUGUACAGACCUCCUGAAAUGUGUGAUCCAUCAAAGAAAAUGCUUGUUGACACUCAAGUAGAUGUUUGGAUGCUUGGUUGUGUGCUUUAUACUAUUGCUUUUUAUAUCCACCCAUUUGUUGAUAGCUCAAAAUUAGCUAUUGUUGAUGCCAAUUAUAGAUUCCCAGCAGACUCAAAAUAUAGUCAAAAAUUCCAUGACUUCAUUCGUCACAUGAUUACUCCUGACCCUUCCUUCAGACCUACUAUCCAUGAUGUCAUUCAAAUAUGCGAAAAUUAUGAUGGCAUUUCCUCUGUUCAAUUGAAUCCGGUUGCUCAGUCACUCAAAGAAAAAGAAAUGGCCAGGGAAAGGGAAGAAAAGAAGUAUGAAUAAUCUGGCAGAUCAAUUAAGAAGUUUGAUGGAGAUAUUCCUUUAGAUGAGUUAAUGAAGCUCUAAUAAAAGAUUAGAGCUAACAAAGUUGAUGAUGAUGAAGAUGAUGAAUCAAAUGGUACUUCUUUUAUUAAGAAAAAAAAGCCUAUGAAAAGCAAAGACGUGCAAGCAGAAAAAUAACUUGAACAAAUUAGACAACAAUUCAAUAAACCUUCGAAUUAAGGUUCCACUUUUUCUUCUAAUCAGUUCUGGGGUAAUAGCAAUAAUAACAAUAAUUAACAGUAGCAAUAAAAUUAACCAAAUCGCCCAAAUUCAAAUUAAAAUCAGAAUAAUUAGGUUAUACAAAACGAAUUUUGGAAUUUCAAUAACACUCAAAACAAUAAUUAACAGUAGCAAUAAAAUAAGAAUUUCUAAUAAUAAAAUUAAGUUUCAGAUCCUUUUAGCUAAUUUGGAUUUGGAUAAAAUAGCAGCAGUAACAACAACAACAAUAAUAAUUAGCAGAGCAAUCCUUUUGAUAAUUUUAAUUUCAAUUAAAACAACAACAAUAAUAAUAGCAACAGUAAUAGCGUAUUUGAUUAAUUCGGCUUUUAGAAUAAUGGCAUUAAUAAUUAGUAAAACUACAAUAAUAAUAUGAAUAAUGCAUAAUUUAAUAGUAAUCCUAACAGUUUUAACAAUAAUAACAUUAACAAUGGAUAGAAUAUUUGGGAGUUUUAUGAAAAUCCUAAUGAUAAUAAUAACAACAAUAACAAUAAUACUGGGCAAUAGGCAUUCAACUCCUUCAAUCAAAAUCAACAGUUUGGCUCUCAAAGCAGCAACAGCAACUAAUAAUAAGCUGUUCGCCAAAAUGUGGAUGCUUUUGCAUAAUUUAAUUCUAAUAAUUAAAAUAAAAGCUAUGGAUCUAAUUCUCAAAAUUAAAAUGUAUAACAAUAGCAAUAAUAUCCAUAAAAUUAAAAUAUCAACUUACUUGAUUUAGAUGAAGACUACACCAAAAAGACUUAAACUAACCAAGGUGGUUGUGUCAAUCUUCUUGAUUUGUGA